UCAUUUGUUACAAGUUUGUUAAUAAUGCAAAAUGGCAGCGCCCAUGACAGGAAUUAGAAUGGCAUACAAACUUAGAGAUUUUACGUGUAAAUCAGUAAUAAAAUGCAAAAUGAGCGGUUUCUCUGGAAAUCUAGCAGUCACUUCGUUCGUUGAGCAUAGUUUAUUGAAAGGAUCUUGUGGAAUAAGGACUCUAACCGUUGAUCCAAAUACUUCUUGUUGGAAUGUCCCGAAACGUUUUCAGUUCACACAUGCUACUCGACUUCGAAAUAGGAGGAGACUCGAUCUGCCACAAAGAUCUCAAGAGUUUAUUUCAAAUCUAAGGAGCAAGGAAAGAGAAACUCUUUUAGCUGAACUAUUAAAGUACCAAAACAUUAAGAAUGUAGACCUAGAAGCUUCUACGAAAAGUACCCCUGAUAAGGAGCUUCCAGAGACAGUCGUUAUACCCAAUCCAACUAGACAACAAUUAAGAAUGGUUGCCAUCAGCAAUGCUCUGCCAUUUAUUGGAUUUGGAUUCUUUGACAAUGCCAUCAUGAUUAUUGCAGGCGAUUACAUUGAUGUGACAAUAGGAGGUGCACUAAGUAUAUCAACAAUGGCUGCGGCAGGCUUUGGCAAUAUGAUAUCUGAUGUUGCAGGAAUAGGUUUGGCAGGUACCGUAGAGGCUUUUGUGUCUAAGAUAGGUGUACAGGUUCCAGUUCUUACUCCUGAGCAACAAGACCUAACAAAGACAAGAUGGACCGCUAAUGUGUCUCGUGCUCUGGGUAUAGCUGUAGGCUGCUUCAUCGGAAUGUUCCCACUUUUCUUCCUGAAAACAAAAGAAGAUAUAGAAAGUGAUGAAGAGGAUGACAAAGGGACAACGUAGAUAUUCUUGCGAUGAUCCUUUUCCUGUUCCUCCUUGUUAUGCUGCGAGUAUCAUAAUCACAUCAUAGUCUACUCUACCCUUUCCCUGCGUAAAGAAAGAUUAUUGUGCAUUUUGAUGGGGAAUCGACACCAUUUGGAUAUGUGUAUCAAUGCAAAGUAGAAUGAGACCAGCAGACGUGAAGAACCACUGGAAAUUACUCUCUCACUUUUCACUGGCGGAUUGGCCUGAAGCAGGAUUGGCCGAAGAAUUUCUAACUGGUACAUCACCAAGUUUGCUGUCCCCCAAAGAUGCCUCUGUUACAGGCAUUUCCACUGCUUUUCACAAAGUCUGGGGUCAGCAAAUGAUGAUCAACUCCCCAUGAAGCUAAUGCCCAUCUGACUUUAACAUACAGCAAUGAGUACAGUGUUAUAAAUGCAGUUUUGUGGUAAACACAGUCGCAAGCAGUGCCUGUGCAUCAUUUGCUUUAUUAUGAAAUGGAUUGCUGUAAUGAUGAUGAUAAUUCUUCUUCUCCCAAUCACUUUGAUGUAGUAUCUAUCACUAUUUAUCCUCUCAACCAGAACUAAAGUUUAUCUUUAUCACUUGAUUACAAACAGAAUCAUUUGUAACGAUGCAACUGCUUGCAACUCUGUUUCAUUUGAUAGAUAUUGGUCGAAGAUUAAAACAGUUUAAUGUAUGAUAUUAUGUAAUGAUAUAUUUAUGUGUGCAAUAUAUACUUAAUAUCUUGUGACUUCAAUGAAGUGGUAUACAUAGAGAUAUAAUGGCAGUUGUGCUUGAGUAGAUAAGCAUUUGGUCUGUUGCUAUAAAUAGGCAAUGAGUGCAUAAUCUGUUCAAGGUGCUUCUUAUUACGUGGGGCUUAGCUAGAUCUGGCAUUUCCAGUGCUCAAAUAUUCUACAUGUAGGUAUCCCAGCCAUGGCAUAAUUUCCUUCAGCAAAAACUUUAUCCUCAUUGUGCUGCACUCAACCCAGGUGAGGUGAAUAGGUACCCGGCAGGAGCGCUGAAAGGCAGCUCGAGCUAAAGCCGGGUAAUAAUAAAGCGCGUUGGAAUAUAAUAUUUCGAGAUAGAUAGCGCUAUAUAAAUGCCUAUUAUGGUUAUUAUUAGGUACUAAUCCUGCUGGAUCCCCAUACUGAAGGAAAACCCACGAAGUGUAAAGUCAGUGGCACACUUUGAGAUGCGAUCGCAAUAACAAAAUAACAGAGUAUGCACCAACCUACAACGCGCUGCAACUGUGACCCGCUUUGUUGCAGUGGGAUCGCAGACCAAAUCUCAGACAUUUGACAUGUCAAAUCUUUCUGAAAUUUUUCUACAAUUCUGCUUAUUUCAGCCAAUCAGAUUUGGCAAACUCACACUUUUUAUAUUCAAUUGGACCCUGGUGCCUGUUUCACAAUGAUUUACUAGUACUACUAUAGUAACUGCUGAGCCCCUUAACUAGUCUGCAUGCACAGACCCUGUUUGAAACUUUGAUCAACUAUUGGGUCUGCAGACAAAGACAAGCACAAAUCCUUCCUGUUUCACUUCUGAGUGAGAGGGCCUUCAGUACACAAGUCAUCGUAGGCUUUGCAUUCAGACCCCUUUACUAGAGUGAAGGGUUUGCACAGCAGACUACCCAGUUACCAUGGUAUUUUUUAUAAUUACAAAGUUUUGAAUUCUUAUGAAGCAGGCUCCGUGGGUGUUUAUCUGUUCUAUAGUCAGAAUGACUGUACCAUGAAAUAGAUGCCAAAUGUCUUUUUUUUACUUUAUUCAAAAUUUAGUUUUAUUUCCUUACUCUUAAAAAAUUGGACUAUUACUUUUUGUUUUAUAGUAAAUCACGUCAUCUUGAUUCUUGCUAGUGUUUUCAAAUGCGGUCUUACAAAUGUUGUAAAGUAAUGCAUAUAUGAUGCAGUGUUUACAUUCAUGCAGUCACGCAUUGAUUUUUUCUAUUGAUAAAACAGUAUGGAUUAUAAUGUCCAUUUGGUGACAUUAAAAACGUUUUUUUUUUCACUUUCUCAAUCGAAUGGUGGACAGUACUUACAUUAUAAUGUGGAACAAUGAUCCAAAGAGAAACAUUAGUAAUAUUACUUAAGUUACUUUGUAACAGUACUUUGUGCUUUCAUAUAACUCCAUUUUAUAAUGAAAAUAAUAAUUAUUAAUGCUUUUAUCCAGUAGAAGCAGUGUACGGUGAAGUAUUCAUAAUAAAAAUUUUAGUAGUAAUAUUCUGCUUUAAACUUAAUACUUCAGUCUUGCAAAGAAUUGCAAUAGACUUGAAUCAUACUCUAUUUGUGAUUGAUCUAGUUUUUUCAUCUUUUAAGUACAUAAUUUAAGAUUAGUUUCAGUUAGUUUGAUUGGAAUCUAUCACUCUUUGUAAGACUGGGACCAGGGCCCGGUUUUAAAGAGUUACGAUUGAUCCGAUCAAUCAUAACUAUGGAAAGCCAGCAAUGCCAACAUCUAAAAUGCAUUUUUUUUCAAAAUGUUUUGUAGAUAUGACGUAUAUUCAUACAUUCACCAUUAUCUUUGACAAUUUGAUGUGCUCCUCUUUGUUUACAAAAAGGAGGGGACAUCGUGCAAAUUUCCUGUAGAAACAAUUAUGGAUUUCCAUGUAGUUGAGGUUGAUCAAAUCAAUCGCAAUGCUUUGUAAGACGGGACCCAGGCCUACAUCUCUAACUGUAAUCAGGGGGUGAUGCCAGGAUUUUUCUAAGGGGGGGGGGGGAGGGGGAAGACGGACUAAACAUGCUGUCAUGAUUUUUUCUCGGUUGAAUUAUUGGGUACAGUAUCAUACAUGUAGAGUUACGCUUUCUGUACCUCUCCUAUUUAUACCCUAGUCCCUUCUUUCUUCCUCUUAUUUUUCUCUCUCUUUUUUGUCACUUUUUUCUUACUACUUGAAAACUUGUUGUGUGGUCGCCUCAUCUGCCCCCUCCCCUCCCUGUGGCACCACCCUUGACUGAAACCAAAACUAAAGUUUCUUCCACUAGGGCUAUUAUUAUUCAACUCAAAGACCUCUUGCAUAUUUGGACUGUCUCAAUAACAAUGGUAAUAAUCAUACUUUUGUAUAGUGCAGCCUUCAUAUGAGUAAUUGAGUAUAAUAUAAUAUUUAAUAUUAAAAACAUAAAAAUGCAUAGUAUUAAGGCCCUUAGCCAGGCUUUUGAAUUAGAGGGUUCAAUCACUUCUCUUUUUUUUCUCCUUUUCCUCCCAAUUAUUCUUGCUUUUGAAAAACUUUGUGAAUUGAUCGACCCCCCCUGCUACAGGCUUGCUGUUGUAUAUUUAAAACAAUUAGAAUAUUUAUUGAAAUUAUGUGUACAUUUUUGGCAAUAACUUGUUUCUAUAGAGGUGAUGGAUAUGACACCAUCAAUAGAAUGCUAGUGAUAAUAUCAUUGACAGGUAACUUUGCCAAGGUCGAAUCUUUUAGGACCACUCGGAAGAAGUAUGAAAGACAUCUGGUCUAAGUUAUCGGUUGAAAUUCCCUUAAAAAAAGGCUAUUCUGGAGAACAAGCAGAAGGGAAGGGCAUUUUAGGUGUGAACACUAGUUUUAGGAGUGGACCAAAACUUUCUAAUAUUAAUAUAGAUUAUGUCUUUGUAUUUGUGUAGGCUUCCAUUUACCUUUCCCAGAUGUUUUUUGUGUAAUAAUAACUUUAUUUCAAAUAAAGUCAGGUUGAGAAUGAUAUUCUUCAAUCUAUAUGUUUUGCUGGAAGUAAAUUAUAUGUGAUGUGUUUGUGUUGUCACUUCUAAAGUCUUUCAAAAUGUCAUUUGUAUGGUGAUAAAAAUAUUGUAGAGAAAUGUAAUUGGAUGUUUCAUGGGAGAAUACAAUCAUAUAAAACAUACAAUUUUGUAACUCAAAUGUCAAUGGCUGCGGAAGCGGGAGAGGAGGGGGGGGGGGUAAUGAUUGUGAUUUUUUGCAUGGUCAGCCCCCCCACUUUCAAAACCGUUCCAUGUCCCCUGAAUGUGAAUGUGUCUAAAGUCAUAUAAUUAUUGAUUAGACUUUGUCAAAUGUGCGUUCUUAAAACAGUAAAGGUUAUUUGUUAAAACAAAACAUAACAUGAUGAAUGAAAAGAUAAUGGAUUUGAUGUCUCGAACAUGUGCAAAAUGAAAUCAGAAAAAUAAAGCAUUAUUUGUAAUUCUGUACAAAUUAACCCAAGCAAAUAUUCUCACUGCUUCUGCCGUUCUGGAAAAUAAAUGAGUGUUAUUGUACCAGUACUCAUUUUAACAAUCAUAAUCACGUUUACAUGUACACCUUCCCAUGCCCCCAAAUAGUAUUCUUUAUGAUUAUGUGUGAAAUAAUUGUUUGUGAUUAUGGUGUAAAUGCUUGCUCUUUAUUUUUCAUAGAUAGAUUACUGUUCUUAGAGAGUGAAUAUUUACUCGGACAUCAAUAUAGAUUAUCUGAAAAGUAGGUUGGAUCCACGUUUUAAUGAUUUUUUUUCUUAGAUACAUGGCUACUUCUGUACUUGCACAAAAGAGUUACCUCACAGAAGGGGCUAGAUCCCCUUUUAUGUGAUUGUGAUAUCAGAUUUGUUGUCUUAAGUUUGUAACAUCUGAGAUGAAUAUUGAAAGCUCUCAAAAGUUCAACUUUCUUUUAUAUUGCAGGAUGGGGCAAUCACAUACCAGGGCCCUGUCUUACAAAGAGUGACGAUUGAUCCAAUCACUCGUAACUCUAUGGAACUCCAACAGUGUCAUAAUUUUUUCUACAGGAAAUUUGCAAAAUGUCCUUUGUUAACAAAGGCAAACGCGCCAAACUGUCAAGAAAACAAUGAACUUUUUUUUUAUAAUUCUAUUUUUAUUGAAAAAAUCAAGAAAAUCACAAUAUUAACAAAAAUUAUUGCAUGAUUAAAGUACAAAAUCGAGGGAACAAGAAAAAUAAAAAUAAUGAAACAAAGGCUUUAAAAAAUCUCUCAUUCAAGGGUGAAUUCUGUAUUGGAUUUAAGCCCUAAUACACUUCCCUUUCUUUUGGAGUCCACAACCUCUUUGAAACAAAUUAUGGACUAGAAUAGCUGAGGCAGGGACGCGUUGCGAUCCAGAUACAAUGAACUUAUGAAUAUACCUAGCAAAAGUUGUGAACAAACAUCCCUGUGCAUGUUAGAUGUUGAUGUUGCUGGCUUUCCAUAGUUGUGGUUGAUUGGAUCACAGGCAAUUCUUUGUGAGACAGGGCCCAGUAGGUAUGCAGUGGAGGCCUGGAUGAGGCUGAUGCUGUUUUCAUUUCUGAGAAAAGACUGAACUUGGUUGCUUUUGCAAGCAAAGGUGGAAUCUCUUUUUGAAACAGUUUUAAAGGAAAAAAAAGGCAUUAUCUUUGAUACAUGCAUUGCUAGAUAUUGAUAUGUAUUUAUUUGAAAAUGAUCCUAUACCCCAUACAUCAAUAUUGUCAUUUUCAUUACCAUAUUGUGGGUAAUAUAAUAAACUUGUGAUGACA